AUGGGCGUCGUCUGUUCUUUAAAUGCAGGUCACUAUUGCUGGGCAUGGAAGAGAAGAUGGUUUGUGCUUCGCAGUGGCCGUUUAACGGGGGAUCCAGAUGUAUUGGAAUACUACAAAAAUGACCAUGCCAAGAAGCCUAUCCGUAUUAUUGACUUAAAUUUAUGUCAACAAGUGGAUGCUGGAUUAACGUUCAACAAAAAAGAGUUUGAAAACAGUUAUAUUUUUGAUAUCAACACUAUAGACAGAGUUUUCUAUUUGGUAGCAGACAGCGAGGAGGAGAUGAAUAAGUGGGUUCGAUGUAUCUGUGAUAUCUGUGGGUUCAACCCUACAGAUGAGGAUGCUGUGAAGCCACCGGUCAGUUCUUUACAACCAUCUGCUGAGUUACCCUUGCCCAUCAACACUUCACCACCUUCCAUGCAAGCAGAAUCUUCCCUACCUCCUCCUUACCAGCUUAUUAACAUCCCCCCACUGGAGUCUUCCUCUGGUCAAGAAGAUCCUCAAGACUACCUACUGCUAAUAAACUGUCAAAGUAAAAAACCUGAACCUAUGAGAUCUCAUGCUGACUCGACAAAAUCCAGCUCUUCUGAAACAGACUGCAAUGAUAACGUGCCCUCCCACAAAAAUCCCGCUCCGUCAGCGAGCAAGCAUGCUGUGAAUGGCUUUUUUCAGCAGCAAGGUGUCUAUGACUCUCCACCUUCUCGUACUGGACUGACACUGGCAGACUGCAGCCUUUAUAACCUGCCUAGGAGUUACUCACAGGAUGUUUUACCGAAGGCAGCGUCUCCAUCUGGGACUGAUGCAGAAGGAGAGCAACAUGUUUUCAAUACCCCAUCAGCAACAUCUUCAUUAGAUGCACAGAUGAGACACAUCUCCAUUAGCUAUGACAUUCCCCCCACACCUGGAGGUACUUAUCAGAUUCCACGAACUUUUCCAGAGGGAACGUUGUCUCAGACUUCAAAACUGGAGACUAUUCCAGAUAUUCCUCCACCUCGGCCACCAAAACCUCACCACGCUGCAGAUCGAUCUCCUGUGGAAACAUGUAGCAUUAGUCGCACUGCUUCAGACACUGAUAGUAGUUAUUGCAUCCCUAAAAACUCACGCAGUAAUACCAUUUCAACUGUAGAUUUGAAUAUCUUUCGGAAAGAAAUUAGUUCUCAAGACUGUUAUGAUAUUCCACGAACGUUUCCGAAUGACAGAUCUAAUUCAUUGGAGGGCUUCCAUAACCACUUUAAAAACAGAAGCAUGUUGACAGUGGGAAGUGUUUCAAGUGAAGAACUAGAUGAAAAUUAUGUCCCAAUGAAUCCCAACUCUCCUCCACGACAGCAUUCCAGCAGCUUCACUGAACCCAUCCAGGAAACAAACUAUGUACCAAUGACACCAGGCACGUUUGAUUUUCCGUUAUUUGGAAAGCAAGUCCCUCCUCCUGCUCACAUGGGUUUCAGGUCCAGUCCAAAGACCCCUCCCAGACGGGUAGUACCUGUUGCAGAAUGUGAGCCACCGCCAGUGGAUCGGAACCUCAAACCAGACAGAAAAGCAAAACCAGCUCCACUAGAAAUAAAACCUCUGCCUGAAUGGGAAGAAUUACAAGCCCCAGUUAGAUCUCCUAUCACCAGAAGCUUUGCACGAGACUCCUCCAGGUUUCCCAUGUCUCCCAGACCGGAUUCAGUUCAUAGCACAACUUCCAGCAGUGACUCACACGACAGUGAAGAGAAUUAUGUAUCCAUGAAUCCAAAUCAGUCCUCUGAAGACCCAAAUUUGUUUGGAAGCAACAGUCUUGAUGGAGGAAGCAGCCCUAUGGUAAAACCUAAAGGAGAUAAACAAGUAGAAUACUUAGAUCUGGACCUAGAUUCAGGAAAAUCUACCCCACCUCGUAAGAAAAAGAGCAGUGGUUCAGGCAGCAGCGUGGCAGAUGAAAGAGUUGAUUAUGUUGUGGUCGACCAGCAGAAAACACUAGCACUGAAGAGCACACGAGAGGCGUGGACUGAUGGGAGACAGUCUACAGAAUCUGAAACACCUACAAAAAGCGUGAAAUGAAAAUACUGCUUUUUCUUCAAAGAACAGAAAGGAGUGAAUUUUGAAGAAUUACAGAACCACAAUGGCAGUGUUGUUCGACUGUACAGUACCUGAUUCACUAGUGUGUGAAUAGUUUCUUGACCGAAUAGGAUGGAAGCCAAAGGACACUUCGAAUAUAUCAGAAGAAUUUUAAGAUCGUAAAUUGGCUCUGUGGUCUCUGGAAAAAUUGUAACCUGUAAAUAACAUGUAAAAUAGUAUCGCUUAGCUUUCAGAAAGCCUUUUGUUCUGUAGUUAACACAUUUGUAGUAUUACUAUGUUUAUGCACUUUUUCAGUUACAAUGUUGGUUCAGGUAUUCCCAGUUAGUGUACCUUAACGCCUAAUUCAUCUGGAGAAUUUUUUUUUUCCUUACACUACUAUUCCUUACAAUUUUAGGUUAAUUAAGCUACAUGUAGAUACGGAAAUUAAUAUUUGAACUUCAUUUUAACAACUUAAAAUUGAUUUUGCGGAAAUACUUUCACAAUUGAAUAAUCUACUUGAAAUGCCAAGAGACGACAGUUAGUUACAUACUUGUUUAUAUUUAAUACACACAAGAUUAUUUGGAAGUCUACAGGUUACCUUCCUAACAAAAAUUGCUGUGAGUUAAUAAUAAUGAACUGUACUGGGUUUAGACCUACAAUCCUGGCUUAUAUGUUAGUUGUUAGUGGUGGAACUUCUAUUGUAUUUUAUUAAUGACAGUGUUCUGUGUUCAAUGGGUGAAGAUUCUGCAGGGUGGGAUCUUACACUUUUAAAGACUGAAUAAUUAAAUAUCAAGUAAGCCUGCAAACCACUGAUGGCAUGCAGUAAUAUUGUGAUCUCACACUUAUUAACAAGAAAUAACCUUUAUAUUAUUUACAGAAGGUAGAGUAUAUAAAUCAGGUACGUACCAAGCACUGUUGUGCUAAUACACUGAUCAGGUUUAGACAAUGAGCUUUAGUUUUGUACUAUUUAGAAGUUCUAAUGUCAGUUUUCAGUUCAAGAUUAAUGGGACAGUUUGACAUUCAUUGUUUGUAGUACUAGCAAAAUACUGUGAUUUUGAAUUAGACAUUAAUUCAAAU